AUGGAAAAACAAAGAUCUGGAUGGAUAACACCUUUUAAAAAGCAAUGCUUCGUGUCGCUGGGAGUAUGUCUGAACAUGGCCGCCCACGGACUGGUGAUGGGGUUUGCCGCUAUACUUCUGCCGCAACUCCGGAAACCAGAAUCCAUCAUACCUAUAGAUGAUUCUUCAGGAUCUUGGAUUGCGUCAAUCCACGGGUUCGCACUAGUUGCCGGCAAUUUGAUUGUCCCUCUAAUCAUGGCGAACUACGGCAGAAGAACAGCCAACAUUGUUAGUAUUAUACCUCUCAUUACAGGCUGGUUCACCAUCAUCACUGCUAAGAGCAUUCACCAACUUCUUGUGGCAAGGUUUUUUCAAGGUAUUUCAAUGGGAAUGAGUGCCUCUCUAGGUCCAGUUCUUAUUGGAGAAUACACUAGCCCUAAAAAUCGUGGAGCAUUCUUGACUGUGAUAUCUUUAAGUAUAGCUCUUGGGGUAGUAUCAGUACAUUCUAUGGGAUCUUUCUUAAGUUGGCAAGUGACUGCUCUAGUCUGCGCAUGUGUUGCUUUUGUUGAUUUGUUAAUAGUUAUUUAUUCACCAGAAUCACCUAGUUGGUUAGCGGAUCAAGGCAGAUACGAGGAUUCUAAAAGAGUAUUUCGUUGGCUUCGAAAUGUAGACGAAGAAGAGGAACUGCAUAAAAUGAUCGAAGCCAGUAUCAUCGUUAGAGAAUCUAAAGCCGAUGCUAACAUAUCGAAAUCAUUUGGUAAAAGAAUCAAAAGCAAUAUUGCUUACUUUAACAUCACUAUUAGAAAGAAAGAAUUUUACAAACCAAUAUUCAUUAUGAUGCAUAUUUAUACGUUGGGCCAAUGGGCUGGGGCAAAUCUUCUUGCUUCAUAUACUACUGAUAUCUUUACAAAUGUUGUAGGUACGAAUGCGAAUAUUGCUUUACUGGUAAUCACACUAGGUUUACAAAGACUAAUCUCGAAUACCUUCGCUGUCUUAUUUAUAAAGAAAAUUAAUCGAAGAACAAUGUUAUUUAGUACUGUUUCUCUUAAUAUAUGUGCUUUCUUGGCAACCGCUGCGUAUACUUACUGUAAGAGCCAUGGAUUGUUGCCUUUUGAUCAUCCUUUCAUUGGAAUAAUGUUAGUACACAUCCACAUGUUCACUGUCGCUACUGGAACUGUACCACUGCCUUUUAUAAUUGCUGGUGAACUAUUUCCUUUGGAAUACAGAAGUUUAGCUGGAGGACUUAGCGUUCUCUUAUUGUCUUCAAAUCUUUUUAUCACGUUGAAAACGGCAUCAUUUUUCUUUGCCACUAUGGGAAUUCAUGGUGCAUAUUGUAUUUAUGCCGCGGUCGUAGCGUAUUGUUUAGUGGUCGCUUAUUUCACAUUACCCGAAACUAAAGAUAGAACUUUGCAAGAUAUUGAAGAUGAGUUUAGGGGAAGAGCUCUCGCCCCUGAAGAGUUGAAGUCAACUGAGUCGUUAGCGUCAUGGAAAUUUCAUAACCGCGACAGGAGAUGCAGUAGUCCCGUAUUGUAA